AUGCCGCCUAUUCGCACAACAACAAACACCAACGGGGACACUCACCGACAACGGCCUUUAAGUCUUGCACCUACGGCGCCGAAGCGUGAUGACUGCGACGACAUUCGACGGAAGAUUCGCAAAUUGCAGCGAAGUCAGGGCUUCAGGAUCACCUACUGGCUUCGUAACAUAGGUGGGGUCAAGUAUAACUCGUGGUCACGGUUCAUGAAAGCUGAAGGGCCGAGUGCAGGGGCCGAGAACAACAUCUAUUAUGCUGCAUACGUCUACUUUGAGAAGGUCAGAAUUGCCGAAGGCAAGAAGAAACCGACGAAACGCGAGCAGAACGAACUUGCGUACCCGCAAGGCUUUGUCAUGUUGGAUCGUAGACAGACUCGAGACUCGACUCACCAUUAG